UUGCCUUGAGCUCCUAACAACUUACAGUACAGAGAUUCUCUGCAACGCUGCCUGAUAAGGGAAGCCAAACAAUAUUAUGGUCAAUGACCAGGAUAGAGAUGAUAAAGAAAGCUACAUUAUACAUUAAACAUAUUAAGAAAAGCGAAAGCAACUCAGCUGCUUAGGCACACAAGUUUUUCUUUCGUUUUAAAUGCUUGGGAACAGGAUUUAGAAGCGCAGACUUCGUUGCUUUGGAUGCAACUGCAAAAAUGCAGUUCCCUUGCGGUCAAGAGCCUCUGCUGUCAGGUAAACCGUGAUGUCUUUCUCAGGUGUGUGAUUUGGUUUCUAAAGCCUCUUCCAGCAAAGGUUGUGGCCUGGAGCAACAUUUCAACAUUGUCCAGAUGGCAUCCCUCCAGAUCUUACCUCUGUGCUUCCUACUAGUGGCCACUUCAAGUGAUGUUCUGGGCACUGGGUUUGCUGAUUUCAAGUGUGUAGAAGUUAUUGCAGAACCUGGGAAACCCAUUAACAUUACAUGUACAAACAACCAAUAUAUUAAAGAAGUAACAGUGACAUUCUGUGAUAGUCUUACAAAUUGUUCAAAUGAAAGUGACAUCAACACAGUGGUGGGAAAGUAUACUACUGACAAUGGAAGAUUUUCACUGGAGAAAAUGAAUCUAUCUGUUAUCCUGAAUGUCGGCAAAGUACAAAUAUCUGACCAAAGAUAUUAUAAAUUUGUUCUUUGGUCUUGCAACGGUGAUGAUGAAAAAUUUGUGCUUUUAAAGGUUGAUGCACCGUAUACUGAACCUCAAGUCAAAGAGCAGAAGGGCACCAUUGUAUGCCAAGUGUCUAAAGGGUAUCCAGAAGGGCAGCUCUAUUGGUUUGAUAGCAAUGGAACCAAUUUGACGCAUAAGUCAAAAUUUGUGUCUGAGAAGGAUGAAGAUGGCUUAUUCUCUCUCAGCAGUACUCUUCAGCUGGAAUUUCCUGAUAGUGAACUGACAUACUGUUGUACCCUCAACAACACAAUAGGUUGUGAUGCACUCCAAGGUUCUCGUUUUGUGUCAUUUGAAAACAAUGUACUUCGCAUGAAAUUAGAAGACAAAAGAGAGAUUCCACACAUUCUGAUUCCAGUUGUCAUUGUGGUGGCCAUUGGCCUUGUAAUUUUAUACUGCAGAAGAAAGAAAGAUAAAAAAUUCUACAGAAACCUCAGUGUGACAAAGUCAAAGCUUCCUCUUGAUUCAAUUUCAGCAAAUGCAGUGCUUGGAUUAGAGAAGACAUGUGACACUGCGCAACACUGCAAUUCAGGAAACAGUGAAGACAAAUAAGCACAAAAUACCUCGCGGUCGUAUUUUGACCAUUCACUUGGACUUGAGACUCUUAAAGGGGCUUGCCAUGGUUUUUACCAGAACAUCUUAUAGAGAUAAAGGGAUUCCCUUAGAAGAUGGUCUAAAAUCAACACGAACAGUACAGAAGCAGCUACAAAUCACUCAUUUUUUUGCCUCAAUGCAGAAGGGCAAAGAUAAUGCACAGGAUAAUUUCAACUCUUCCUGGGCCGAUAAUACAGAUGUUGAUAUUACCCAGGGUCCAAUUGCGGCUUUACAACUUUCGGAUUCAAAUCCCUCCAAUUUGGACUGGUCCCUUGACACAAAGGGGAUCUUACCAAGGGUCUGCUUAUCCUCUUCCUCCGCCAAUCUUGCAGUUGAAUUGAAGAUGGCGGAGAAGUUCCUCCCGUCUAUUUUAUCCAAUUCAUCGGCUAGCUCUAAAGUGGGAGCAUACACACAGGGGGACCCUCCUCCAAUAGACUCAUCGCCCCUUCUAUGUUCUCUGAAUGCAGAUUGCAGAGAUGUACCACUUACCUUAGAUCCAUGUCAAAGUGUAUAUAGUUCUUUGUAUCCAAGACUGGCAGUAAUAGAGAUGGAACUUGUUUGUAUUAAGAACUUUCUAACUGAGACAAACAAACUUCUGACAACUCUUGUGGAUGAAUAUAAGCACCUCCACCAUCUCCACCAGUCCGAAUCUUUCCCACUAAAGGGUGGAACCAAGCUGGUUCACAUUCUAACUGGGGGGGGCAGCCCGGGGUUACCUCAGAAUCCUCCUCGAUGUGUUAAAAAUACUAAGAAACGGAAACGUAAACGUCAUCUUAGAGUGAAGCAACUUCAUCAUUAGAAAAAGUAAAAAAACAUCCAGAAUUUAAAAUCGGCACAGAGGAGGACAAAGAACAUGAACUUUUCGGGGCUAUUUAAGCUAUUGGAUACUUUGACAGAGAAUAAGUCAAAGCGUCAUAACAUCACUUCUAAUCAAGGUACAAGCCUGACGACACUGCUGUUGCAUCCGGACCCUGUUCUACAGCCUGUGGCCUCGUCUAUACCAUACUUAAGCGAUCCUCCGGCUCUUGAAACUCCGGACUUAGACAAUUCUGUAUGCCGAGAGACCCAGAUGUCUUCAGUGCCUGCGCCAGUGAUGGCGUCGAGGAAAUGUGCUAAGCAUUGGAAACUUCAACUUAUUCAGGAUACAAUAGCAAUAAUAUUUUUAUAUGAUUUAGGUGUGUGUGAUAGAUACACUUUUGGGAAACCCCAGAUUAUAAACGUCAUCCAACCCUUUUUGCCAGAGAGGCUGAAGCCCUCUGAUAUAGUUAAAAUCAAAAUACUUUAUAGUGCCCCGGUAAACUCUAAGAUUCUGUUGACUUUUGGUAAUGUGAAUAUAGUGAAACAUAUCCUCGCAAAUAGACAUCUAUUAUUUUGUCAUGGGAUUGGCGUACAAAGAUUUUUUAGGGAUUUAUCCGAUCCAUUGCCCAUUUGCUGUAGGACUGGACAAACAAAAAAAACCUUAAUUCGGAAAUGUUACAACUUUUCCCUUAGAGACCCUUUUUGUGGUCCAUCUGAGAAAGAAAACGUUUUAACUAUUCUCUCCUCAAAUUCAACUCCGUCCUUUUCAGAGCUUGGAAAAGUUACUUUUUUGAACUACAACUCCCAUCAGCCCCAGCU